AAAGUUAUACUGACGUUAAGACACUUAUUUUGGGACGAAGAGAGUAUGAUUGAAUCUUAUAGGAAUUUUUUCGAUGGAAUUUUUUGUACUACUUCCCAUAGAAUAGCAUCCAUUCUCAUUUGUUUUUCUUAUGAUGCAAUCAAACAACACAAAAACCUGUAGGAUUGAGAUGAGUAUGACAUUUUAAUCCUAUGUUUUUUUAGAAUUAAUCCUAUGUUUUUUCUUAUGCCCGGGUUUUAGAAUCCUGCGAAUCAAACACAUAUACAAAACACGAAUUUACUUGUUAGCCAAUAACUCGAUAUAGUACACCAUUGUAGUUUUAUAUGAGUUUAUAUUUUAUAUUUAUAGUAUGAGGAGAACCCAUAACAUCAAAUGAGGUUUGAGAUUUGCGGGAGCCUCAAUGCGUCUAUGCUUGAUUUUACUUCACAGAAUGUGCAUAUGUUACCCUAGUGAAUAAAUAUGGCACAUCCGGUGUGAGCUGUGAAUCGAGUCCAUAUGCUUCUUUUCCGCGGCGAAAUUUAUGUGGUUAGGAACAAACAAACUCGCUCCUAUGAAUAGGUUGUGCCUAUGCUCGAUUCUGCUUCGUUGGGUUCAAAUAGAAAUUGAUCUUUGACACAUUGUCAUUUGAGCAGGAGGCAGAGUACAUGGAAUUAACAUGGAGAGCGAAGAUGGUUGGCCCAACCUUGCCAUCAUUCUACCUCGACGAUGAUCGCCUACCAUCGAAUAAAUCAUAUGGUUUUAACUUUUUCAACGGUGAUGCACUGUGCAUGGAUUGGCUAGAGAAGCAAAGCAAUUCAUCCGUUGUGCUGGUGUCCUAUGGGACCGUCUCUAAUUAUGAUGCAACCCAGCUAGAGGAGCUUGGCAAUGGACUGUACAAUUCUGGCAAACCUUUUCUUUGGGUUGUAAGGUCCAACGAGGAACACAAGUUAUCCAAAGAACUCAGGGAAAAAUGUGAGAAGAUUGGAUUAAUUGUCUCAUGGUGUCCCCAACUUGAGGUUCUUGCACAUAGGGCUAUUGGUUGCUUUGUUACCCAUUGUGGAUGGAACUCGACACUAGAGGCACUUGCUAAUGGUGUACCUCUUGUGGGUAUUCCGCAUUGGGCAGACCAACCCACCAUUGCAAAGUAUAUGGAGAGUGCAUGGAGCAUGGGUGUGCGUGUACGGAAGGACAAUAAUGGAUAUCUAAAGAUGGAGGAGGUUGAGAGGUGCAUUAGAGAGAUGAUGGAUGUGGAGAGAAAUGAUAAGUACAAAAGAAAUGCUGUGAAGUGGAUGCAAAAGGUCAAGGAGGCAAUGCGGGAAGGAGGAAGUUCAGACAAGAAUAUCGCUGAAUUCGCUACCAAAUAUUCAUCAAUAUAAAGUUUGAACAAUGUUGUACUUUAAUAUAAGCAAGUAGACAGUGAUUUUGGCCUUAUAAAAGUUUAGAGUGACUGACAUUUUUCAUAUGUAAUUGUAGUGAUAUCUUCUUCAAAUUUAAAAGUAUGUUGGACUUUA